AUGGCUGUUGGAUAUAGGAAACCUCAUCUUCCCUUCGUUUUCCCAGAAUCUUUUAUGGAACAUUAUUAUCCAAAGGACUCUAUUCAAUUACCAGCUAAUCCUUAUGCUCCAGUCAAUAUGCCUACAAUAGCAUGGAGAGGAUGCCGUGAGCUCAAUAAGUACGCUGACAUGAGAGCGUUGAACACGAGUUGUCCUAUCAAUUCAUCCUUAUCCGAUCAGUUUACGUUGGAUCUUAGACGUGCGUACUACAGUGCUGUAUCAUGGAUGGAUUCUCUGAUUGGUGAAGUCAUUGCAGAACUCGAUAGCCUUGGCCUGUCGAACAAAACCGUUAUAUCCUUUGUUGGGGAUCAUGGCUAUCAAUUAGGUGAACACGGAAAAUGGGGCAAAAAUACAAACUUUGAAAUAGGCACGCAUGCGCCUAUGAUGAUACACAUUCCAGGAAUAACUGAUCAUGGUAUUGCAACGGACCAGUUGACUGAGUUUGUAGAUUUGUAUCCCACUGUUGUUGAAGCGGCAGGUCUUGGGUCGAUACCUCUCUGCCCCGAGAACUCUGUACACACCAAACUUUGUCGGGAUGGAACAAGCCUUGUACCUUAG